UUAUUUUCAAGUAAAAUGUCACUUACGGACACAAACGGGUUCUUAAUCUCUCCAGCAUCCGCAGCCCAAAACCCGUCUCCCCAGCAUCCGCACCUCUCUCUCUCUCUGGAGAAUGGCGAGGAACUCGCUCCGCGCGGCGGCGGCUGCGGCGCGUGGGUGGCUGCACCCUACCUCAUGAAGCGCGUCAGGGAGCUCCGCAGGUACGGCCGCCACAACCACGCCUUGGAGAUUAUGGAUUGGAUGGAAAAGCGAGGCAUGGAGAUAACCCACGGCGGCCAUGCGGUGCGCUUGGAUCUUAUAUGGAAAACCAGAGGAAUCGCUCCAGCAGAAGAGUACUUUUCAACUCUACCAAACGUCGCAAAGCAACAGCGAACUUACGGAGCUCUUCUAAACUGUUACUGCUCGGAGCGAAUGACUGAAAAGGCUACUGCCCACUUUGAGGAAAUGAAGGAACUAAGCAUACAUUCUAGUGCUUUUGUCUAUAACAACAUAAUGAGCCUUUAUAUGAAGUCUGGUGAAUUCGAAAAGGUCCCUUUUCUCUUCGACGAGAUGAAGACCAACAAUAUUACUCCAGAUAAUUGCACCAACAGGAUUUUGAUUAAAAGCUACGCCUUGAUGAACGACAUGGUUUCUGUCGACAGAGCUAUACAGGAAAUGGAAGGAAACGGAGGUGCCUUAGACUGGUCGACGUACUGUCUCCUCGGCAGCAUUUACAUUUCAGCUGGGCUUUUGGAAAAAGCCGUGAUUGCGGUGAAGAAAGCCGAGCUAGUUAUGGAUAGAGACGACCUGUCGCCUUUCCGUUUCUUUAUAAGCUUAUAUGCAAAUGCUGGUAAUCUGGCGGAGGUCAAGAGGGUGUGGGAUUUGCUAAAGGCAAGAGUUGGAAGGCCUGCGAAUGUGCAUUACCGAUUGAUGCUUCAGGCCCUCGCUAAGUUGGACGAUGUGAGUUCGCUGAAGAAGUGCUUUGAGGAGUGGGAAUCUGGGGCUGUGAACUAUGAUAUGCGGCUUGUGAACAUCGUAAUCGAUGCCUAUACUAAGAAGGAAAUGGUGGAAGAGGCUAAACUGCUUCGGGAAAAGGCUUCUAAGAUGGUUGAAGUUACAAAUUUAUCGUCUGCUUAAAAGAGCCAUGAAGGUGAUCUUAUCUUUUGAAGGAGAAAUAGUGAAACUGGUUAUUGGUUAUGAUGAAUUGCUUGGAGAAUCUGUACAUAUUAUUUAUGGAAUUAGAGGAAGAGGGUAUCUUUUUAUUAACUAGAAAUAUGUAAAUGGCUGCAGUACAAAAAGCUAUGAAUAUACCAGAGCAAUUCAUCUUAAUGAGAGGAAUGAAUGGCCAUCUUGGUGAAAUCAAAAUAGAUCACAUUGGCGAACUACAUACAGUGAUAUUCAAGGAAUCGCGUGCUGGCGGGGGCCUCAUUGUUGUGAUGUUCCUUAUAGCAGCUAACACACGCCUUCGCCGCUGCGUGACAUGAGGAGUCCCGAUCUCGUUUUCUCAGAAGCUUCAGUUUUGCGACAAAGAUUCUUCGAAUUGAUUGAGAAACUACAUACUGAGCUGCUGCCGCCGCCACUCGUUGUCGUGUUAAGGUAGUCGACUCCGGACUUCAACCUGCCCAGGCAGGGUGUGUUAUUCUGCAAACACAUAUAUAAAAACCAAGUUUAGAGUGAAAGUAUGUGGUAGUCUGCCUGGCUUUUGUAUUUUGCGGGUUUUGUUAGGGCCCUGCCUGUAGCUCGGGUCAGAUCGAAUUGUACAACCACGCCUGGGCAUUUCUUUUCUUUGAUUGACAGUUUGACACAAGGACCGACCGUCCCUAGAGCAAGUGGUAAAGGAUUUGGUGAUUGAUAUCCGAGACCUAAGU